CUUCCGGCUAGCCGCAUGGCCGCCUACUGAGGACCGGAAGUGAUAUAACCUGAACAUCAAAAGAGUAACAUUAUGGGGAAUAUACAUGCAUACAACAGACAUCGAAAUGCAUAUACUCCAAGAUAAAUCUGUUCUAAUGAAAAUAACUUAAAUAUACAUUAUCUUUUCAACACCCAGUGGUUGAUUUCCUGACUAGAUUUAAGGGUAGACCUGAAUGAUUUCUUCCUGGGCAUGUCAUGGCUGAAAACACAGAUGGAAGCCAGAUUGAGAAACUCCUAAACAGAGUAAAGGAACUGGAGCAGGAGGUGGAAAGACUUAAGAAAGAACAGAUCAACAAUAUAAAAGACUCAAGCAGAGAAAAUUCUUUAGGCUCUGGAAAAGCUAAGCGUGCUUUUGAUUUCAGUGCUCAUGGCCGUCGACAUGUAGCUCUAAAAAUAGCCUAUCUAGGCUGGGGAUACCAGGGCUUUGCCAGUCAGGAAAACACAAGCAAUACCAUUGAAGAGAAACUGUUUGAGGCUUUAACUAAGACUCGACUAGUAGAAAGCAGACAGACAUCCAACUAUCACCGAUGUGGUCGAACAGACAAAGGUGUUAGUGCCUUUGGACAGGUGAUUUCUUUGGACCUACGUUCUCAGUUUCCAAGGAGCAGGGAGUCAGAAUAUUCUAACUUAAAGCAUGAAGCUGAUGAUGUUGCUAAAGAGAUCCGUUAUACUCACAUUCUCAAUCGGGUGCUCCCUGCAGACAUCCGAGUAUUGGCCUGGGCCCCUGUAGAACCUAGCUUCAGUGCUAGGUUUAGCUGUCUUGAGCGGACUUACCGCUAUUUUUUCCCUCGUGCUGACUUAGAUAUUACAACCAUGAAUUAUGCAGCCCAGAAAUAUGUUGGCACUCAUGAUUUCAGAAAUUUGUGUAAAAUGGACGUAGCCAAUGGAGUGAUUAAUUUUCAGAGGACUAUUCUGUCUGCACAAGUACAACUAGUGGCCCAGAGCCCAUGUGAGGAGAGAACGCAAGAACCAUUCCAGUUAUGUCAAUUUGAAGUGAUUGGCCAGGCAUUCUUGUAUCAUCAAGUUCGGUGUAUGAUGGCUAUCCUCUUCCUGAUUGGCCAAGGAAUGGAAAAGCCAGAGAUUAUUGAUGAAUUGCUGAACAUACAGAAAAAUCCUCAGAAACCUCAGUAUAGCAUGGCCGUUGAAUUUCCUCUAGUCUUGUAUGACUGUAAAUUUGAAAAUACCAAGUGGAUUUAUGAUCACGAGGUUCAGGAAUUCAAUGUUACCCACCUACAACAGCUAUGGGCUAACCAUGCUGUUAAAACUCACAUGUUAUAUAGUAUGCUGCAAGGACUAGACUCUGUUAUGAUAACAGGUGCAUCAGGAACAACGACGGACGAAGCAACAGAAUGGAGAAACAUUCAACCCUCUGUCAUAAAGCACACAAGUGCCUUUGUAGAAGGAGUGAAAAUGCGCACAUAUAAGCCCCUCAUGGAUCGCCCCAAAUGCCAAGGACUGGAAUCCCGGAUCCAGCAUUUUGUACGAAGAGGACGAAUUGAGCACCCACAUUUACUCCAAAAGGAAGAAAAAGUAGCCAAAAGGGACUGUGCUGACAAAGAAAAAAAUACUGCGCUAGAGAAUCCAACCAAGAGGGUUUGCAGAAUAGAUGCAGAGAUUAACAGCAUUGUAUAAUCCAUUGUAGGAUCCAGGGAGCAACAACCAGUUAAAAUUCUAGUGACUGGCAAAAUGGCCUAACAAGUUCUUAAACAGAAAAGGGUGUAUUCUCUAAUCCCUGUCCAAAAGAAUUACAAGAGGCACAAAGUACUUGUCAGUUACACGCACCUGGAACUCUGCGUCUUGCGUCCAAAUCCAUUAAAGCCUGCUCUACAAAUA